ACACACAGUCACUAAACGCCCGUAGCGCCGUGACGAGAGUAACGUCAUUGUCGUCGUUGUCGCCGUUCCACCCGACGGGGGUAGUUUUUUUUCUCGGGUUUUUGUUUUUCAACUCGCCAACGAAAUAAUACUAAAUACGAAUUACGAUUAAAAUUCGUUUCGGUAUGUUUGCGAUGAGUUAAUAAUAACUAUAGUGUUUAAAAAGUUACCGUAUUUGUCUACUGUGUAUGGGUGCGUAUUAAAAGUAGCGUUUGAAAAAUUGAAAUAAGUUGCGGCAAACGAUGACGAGACGUGAUGCCGAGAAAAAGCGAAAAGGGCGACGACCGUCGACCGUAUGAAUGUUUAACAGAGAAUAGAGUGAUACUCGCCCACAACUGUGUCUAUACCAGUGCCGUGUACUACAAAUAGUAUGUACGACUUUCGGUUGUUGUCGAUGUUGCUAGCGACAGUCGUCGUCGUGGUCGGCGCAAUGAUCGGCGGUGAGUUGUCGGCCGUCGAAAAAUCGUUACAGUUUGAAGCGGCGUUUCAAGGACGUUGUGGCCACGAUAGUCCAUGUCAACAACUAUGCUACGAGCUUCACGACGGCAUGUUCGAAUGCGAUUGUAAAACAGGAUUUUCAUUACAUGAAGAUGGUUAUACUUGCACAAGAAAUGAUUCGGUAACGGAUAAGAUCAAAGAGUUCGAAAGAGAUAUUGGACUGACCUUUAUCGAUUCCAACGAAGUAGACUCCGAAGACAGCGUACGGUUUGUAAAGCACGUCGAACCUCAGAAUUCUAUUGUCACAGGCUCACCAGCUUUAUGCGUUAGAAAGUGCGGCGAAGGCACAUGCGUGUUCGAUAGUCGAAAUAAGCAAACUUGCCGAUGUCCGUUUGGUAAAACUGGAUCCAGCUGUCAGAUCACAAAUCCAAUUAGAUACCCAAGAUUCAAUGGACGUAGUUGGUUAGCAUUUCCACCACUACGAGGAGCUUACAAACACGUUCAAAUAAGUUUAGAAUUCAGACCAGAAAGCUGGGAUGGUAUAUUGUUUUUAGCUGCUGAAAGAGAUGAUUUAGUUGGAGAUUUCAUGGCUAUACUGCUUCACAAUGGCUUUUUGGAAUUUAGGUUUGAUUGUGGAUCUGGUUUGGGAGUAGUUAAAUCUGAAGAAACAGUGAUUUUAAAUCAAUGGAAUACUCUGUCUGUGUAUAGACACAGAUGGGAUGCGUGGAUCCAAUUAAAUCGUGGAAAACGCAUUGCUGGGAGAUCAAAAGGCUUAUUCUCAAGAAUAACAUUUCGAGAACCUGUCUUUAUCGGCGGUAGAGGUAAUACAUCUGGAUUGGCUGAACGAUUCCCAACAGACCGUGGAUUUGUUGGUUGUGUUCGGCUGUUACAAGCCAAUGAUCACAGAUACGAUUUUGGUGAAACACCUGCUGGCGAUACAGUCAAAUCCCAAGAAGUUGAGGAAUGCUCUACGGACAAGUGUACAAGAUCGCCUUGUCAACAUGGUGGCAAGUGUGUAACAACUACCAAUUCAUCACUUUGUCUAUGCCCUCUUGGUUACACUGGAGAUUUAUGUGAAACAAUAUUAGACUUACAGGUACCAUCAUUUAAUGGUUCCAGUUACUUGAGACAUCCUGCUUUAGGUGACUCAGCUUUGUCAUGGUUGGAUUUAGAAAUUGUUUUCAAAACUCAAUCAAUAGACGGACUAAUACUCUAUGAAGGGUACCAAAAGUAUGGUUCAGCUGAUUUCAUAAGUGUUUAUAUGGUUGAUGGUCACGUAGAGUUUACAUUCGAUCUAGGCACAGGAACAGCAUCAUUAAGGAGUCCGUGGACUGUUUCUUUAGGAGAAUGGCAUAGACUAUGGAUAUCACGAACAGGAAAAUUAGCAGUUAUGCGUGUGGACAACCAACCAGAAAUUCAAAUAUUGUCACCAGGAGCAUUUACGCAGCUAUCAUUACCGUUAAGUAUGUAUAUUGGAGGUGUGCCUGACUUUGAUACAGUACCUACACAAAUCAAAGUUCGGAAAUCGUUCAGUGGCUGCAUACAAAAAGUUACUGUCAACGAUAAACCGUUGCAAAUCGUCCGCGGAGCCUUGUCUGGGGCGAACGUAGCCAAUUGCCCUCAUCCGUGCGUAGCCAAACCAUGCGGCGCCGACGUGCAGUGCGUACCGAUAUUUGAUAAGUACAAGUGCGUAUGCGACAGACGAUGCAACUCGUCCGACGGUGAUCAGGUGUCAUUCGACGGCACGUCUUUCGUACAUUACACCGACCACGAAAUACAACAGAGGAUCACUGAUGGACAUUUGGAUAUUAAUAUGCGCUUUCGGACUACUGCACUCACCGGACUCAUAUUAUGGACCGGACGGUCAGACAGGUCGGCUGACUUUUUAGCAUUAGGAUUACAAGAUGGUCGUAUUGAAGUAGCUUACGAUUUAGGGAGUGGUGAAACGGUACUUAGAUAUAAUACCACUGGAUUACCUAUAAAUGAUGGACACUGGCACAGAAUGAAGUUUACUAGAGAUGAGAGAUUGAGCGCUUUAACUAUAGAUAAUGGUACAAAAAUGAUAACAAUUUCUACGGGACGACUAAAGCAACUCAACACAAAUACAGGAUUGUACUUAGGAGGUACGGAAGACGUGAAGAAGUCUACCGGAAAGAGAUACAGAAAAGGAUUUGUUGGUUGCAUUUCAGACUUUAUCCUGAACACGGACUACCAAGUGAAACUGUCUUGGUCUACCGGCAGAGAACGUGUUUGCAUAUCAUAGAGCGUGAACGUCGUACGCAAUUAUUUCCUUCCUCCAGCACUCGUGCGCGCGUGUACCCACUGAGCUUACGUUUAAACAUGUAAAAAUUACGACGAAACAUAAACAAAAAAACUUAAAUACCUCUUGCAGUUUUCAACUGGAGUAAAAAUAUUAACUAUAUUGUGUUUUCCUAACGUUUGAUAUUUAGUCUUGUAUUGUAGUUAAAGGAAAUUCUGUUUUAGACUAUCAUUAUUACUAUCAUUAUUAUUAUUAUUAUUAUUAUUAUUAUUAUUAUUAAUAUUAUUACUGUUGUUUGUGAUACGAGUAAAGUUGAUAAACCACUAUUUGACUAGCUUCGAAAGUUCAAAUGUCAAGUCUUAAAACACAAUACUUACUAUAAUUAUUAUGUACUUAGGCAUAUUUAUCGUGUAUCGAUGUUUUUCGAAAAAUCCGAUAUAUUCAAGGUAAGCUUGGCUUACCUGCCUGCCGCCUACACGCAAAUCGUUUCACAUCGUUUGAAUCGAGUAAUAGCAUAAAAAUUAUUGUUAUUAUCAUAUUGUGUUUUAAAACAAAUACGAACAUCGUAUCGUCAUUCGAACGCUCCUUCGCAUUUUCUAUACACUGAUAUCUACACUUUAAAGCUUAUUAUUGUAAAUAAUACUGUAUGUCGAGUACAAUAUCAGCCAAUUUAGAAUUUCUGAACAAAAAGAACGAAAUUCAAUGAAACAUUUCUGGAAAAAGAAUUUUGACUACACAAAAAAUUAUUCAAACGAUGUUUAAUAUAUGUUUUUAAAUCGUACAU